AGCCAUUUUGGUCCAGGAGGCUUUGCUUUGAGCUCGCGAGGGCGGGAACACCGUCUGCGGUGGCGCGCGAAGGGGCGCCAUGAGCGGCAUCAUCAUCGCGCCGCCCGUCUAUGUGACGCCCAACUCGCGCGCGGGCGGUUACCUCCCCGGGAGCCCGCUGGGUGUUGCCCGGCCUGGGAGCCCGCUGGGUGUUGCCCGGGCUCCGGGGCUGCAGAGAACGCGCCGCUGGCGACUCCCAGACACCCUUCGUCACGGACGGCAGGCUUCCAUCAGAUCCCAGCAUUGCACUUUUUCACAGGGCGUUUUCGCCUUGUUUAGGGCCCUGGAGCCAUCACAUAUCGAUCCAGCUCGAACAAUGUCGCAGAAAGAUUGCGUCUAGGGCUUUGGUCGUGAUUUUCACAGUGCUUCCAUUUUUUCGCAGCGUCGGAUCUCAGGGGUCUCCGGAGUUUGGGCCUUUUCAGGGGCCACGCUAGGGUGGGGUAGGCUCAGGGUGGGGUGGAUCGGCCCCCAAGCGCCCACUGGAUCGCUCCGCCAGGGGCCCGAUGGCCCACCCCGCCCAGGAGCGUGAGCAUUCGCUAUCGAGAGCCCAAUCGCCGAUUCCAGCUCGACGCUGCCACCCCCGCCCUGGGCCGGUCCUCGUCCUCCCCGGACGCCCCCCCCCUCUCGUCUCCGGGUGCCCGCUUCGGGCCGGGGGCCUCCGAAAGCGACCCUGGGACGGAGCGCAGGUGCCCAGCAGGGGCUCCGAGUCUCUAGGUCCGCGCGCCGGGGAGGAGCGCAGGUUGUCCUGGCGAGGGGCCCAGCCCCAUGCAGCUGCGGGUAUGGCGAGGCGGGUGAGGCGGAGAGGAGGAGAGGAGGACGCGGGGCGCUCUCCCUCUUCAAGGCGAGGACCCAAUGCCACAGGAUGGCUGGGGGCACAGAGCACGACGUCGGAGGUCUGGAGAGACGCUCCGCCGAGGCGCCACAGGUGGCACCCGCGGCGCCCGCGGCGACGCAUCGGUCGCUUCCCGCGCAGGGUGCCCCCUCGCUGGCGGAUCUUGAGCGCCGGUUGGCGGAGCUGGAGAUAGACAAGGCCAAUCGGCUGCACUCCGCCUUCGUCUUCAUCAAGCCGCACGCGGUCACCGACAAGGUGAGGGAGCUCGUGAAGCAGCACCUGGGCAAGUCGGGCAUACACGUGAUCUCCGAGGGCACGAUCCCUGCUGAGGUGAUCGACAGCAAGAUGCUCAUCGACACGCACUACGGCGCCAUCGCCGCGAAGGCCGUCAAGCUGAAGCCGACCGCGCUCACCGUCCAGCAGAAGGCCCAGGACGCCUUCCAGGCGCAGUUCGGGCAGAGCUGGCAGACCGUCCUCGCCCAGGGCCUCGUCUUCAAUGCGAUGGACGCCACGGCCAAGCUCGGCAUCUCCACCCAGGAGCUAGGUGAGAAGUGGGGGAAGCUGAAGAAGGACGUAGACCUUCUGAAGUUCGGCGGAGGCUUCUACGCCGGCAAGAUCGAUGACAUAUUUGUGAUAAACGGUUUCUACAUGGCCAUGCGCAGCAAGUUCACCGCGCCAGGCACUUGCAUCUACUACUACGAGACCGAGUGGGACCCGCGCGGGCUGAAGUGGGAGGACUUCCGCGGCAAGGUACUGGGUGGCACCGACCCCAAGACCGCGGAGAGCGGCUCCGUGCGCAACACCAUAUCUGCGGAUACAACACGUGGAAGGCCCUCGGGCUGAAGGCCGUGCCCGACACCGGGGACAAUGGCGUGCAUGCGUCCGCGAGCCCCUUCGAGGCGCUCGCCGAGCGGUCGAACUGGCUCGGCGCGUCCAUCGCCUCCGACUUCUUUGGCCGCGCCAUGCUCGCGCAGGGCAUACCGAUGGGGAUGAUCCAGGAGUGGACCGACGACCCUCCUGUGAACUUCGAGGGGAAGAAGCAGUCGGUGUUCGACCUGCUCGAGGACCUCGACUCGAGGGAUUGCUUGCAGAAGUGCAAGCUCAUCGCGGCCUCGAACCUCUGAGAAGGGGGCCGCAGUGCCGGGCAGAGGCAUCGACCACUGCCUUGGAGCCCAGGGCUGCUUCAGGAGAUCCCUAGCACUCAUAAGGGCUUUCGUUUUUGAGAGACCGUUGCAAUUUUCAUGUGAUGCUCGCAUUGCGAAGGGGUCCAGUGCAUCCCGUUCUAGCUUGCACCACAGGAAGGCGCACAUACAAAGUGUCCACGCGUGCUAUGCUCGAAGACCGCAGAGAGGACAGAAGAGACAGAGGAGUUACAGCACGU